AUGGAUUGUUUUUGCAGGAGAAAAUUUCCUCACAACAUCAUUCUUCUCGGUCUUUUUGUGAGUGUCAUAUCAUUAAUAAUGAUCUAUUUUUGAUCCGUCUUUAUACUUUAUAUCAAUUUCAUAUAACGAAAAAUGUUAUUUGUCUUGUUUUUAGACUCUUUGCGAGGGAUUCCUUUUGGGUGCCGCCGCAAGGUAGCUAUUCUCCUUUUUAUGUUCUUAUUCAUGAUGUAUAGGCCUGUGUAGUUAACCUGCAUGUCACAAAUAUCUGCAGAACCUGACUAUGUCGUGUGCUAUGUGGUUCCAGACGAUUUGCCUAGAAAAUCUCCCCAUUCAUUUAUUGUAGUUCGUUAUGUAGGUUACGAGGCAGUGUGAGAACGAUAAUUUAUAGUCAAUUACAGUAGGUUCAAGUUGUGAGUAUACACAGCUUUCAAUAAUUUCGCACGUUUUGUGGUAAUUUAACUUGAAUAUUGGUAGCUUAGGGUCUACUGUUUUGUCGAACACUUUUUCUUAAACUUCAACUUCCAAGUGCAACAGUGCUUGCACAAAAAUGGAAGGUUUUAAACGCGAUAAGAAUUAUAAGGGGCUUUAAAAACUAUCAAAGGACGAAAGUAAUUCCGAAGUGCGAACCUAAAAGACUAGAAAUAUAUCAUUGCCGGAAAACCCACCACAAAAACGCAUUUCUGCUGUAAUUGAUCAGUUGACAUUUCUCCGAUGAGAACUUGGCAUGUUAUAUCUCCAAAGAACUUGGCGUAUUUAUCCCCGAACUAGUUAUUUGGUUAUAUUUUAAAGGCCACAGUGUAAAUGUAUUUAGGACAUGCUUAAUGUAGCUUUUUUUCUUUUUAAUGUUGGGAAUAUGUAUAUUCACUUCUUGUUUGUAGGUUGGAAAAUUUAUUGAAUACAUUAUACUACAUGUUUAACGUACAGUAUAUACUGUGCACGCCUGAAUCAAAUAGACGAAACAGAAACAAUUAUGUCCAUGCAUGAUCGCUCAACCGCUACAACUUGGGCUUUUGCACGGGGGACUUGAACAUCAAUUGAAAAUCCUAUAGUGCGUUAAUCUAUGAAAUUUAUCAUGCAUGCAUAUGCAUUAUGAAAUAUCAAUGCCGCAAAAAGUCCAAGUUUUAGUGACCGCUCUAGAAUCAUUAAAGGACUUACACAACACCGCGGAAAAACGUCUGCGCAUGCGUCAACAUUACUAAAAUCUGUAUUGCGAACGUGAUGUCAAGUGUUCCGAAGGUUGUCAAAAACUCAAAAUGGAAGCGACUUCGAUGUUUUGCCUUUUCUGUGAAAAUGCUACCGGAAUAAUGAAUAUGACAACCUAAAAACUAGAAAUAAUUACAGUCUACAGUACAUGUGCAAGAAGUUGUAUUAUGUAAGAAAAUAAACCAAAGGUGACUGUCGAUACAUUUAUUGUAUAAAACGUUCUUUAACUGAACCGUACAAAGUUAUUUUUCUUAGGUUCAUAUGAUCCACAUUUUUGUCAAUAACUGUUUUUGCGUAGCAUGUAUAAUUUUUGCGUGGACUAUAUUUAAGGGUAAUGAUUUACUCUACAAUUUAAUCGUGUGCAAAUGCUUAACUAUUCUAUAGUUUUCUUAACUUUUCUGCUUUAAGUUCUGUUGUUGUCAAGAAAUGUUCACACGCCUCCCGGUCUUAAACGGUAAUUUUUAAUCUAAAUUCUGUUUCUUUUUAGAUUUUAUAUGUUAGUAAACUUUUUAUUAAUGUCUAAACUACUCGUCUAGUGUAUUUUUUGUGUGUUUCAAUUACCUUAAAUAAUUGAAUAGCCAUGUUUUUUAUUACAAUUUGGCAUUUAAAUUCCUCGCCAUCUUUUUUGUGCCCACGCAUGCGCAGACGUUUUUCCGCGGUGUUGACUUACACACAUCGAAUGGUGUUGUGCGCGAGCAAUUUUUAAUAUUUAUGGUUCACAAAAACACUCGCGCUUUUAAUUAAAAUUAAAUUUUAAUGUUUUUAGAAUUCAGAAGACCCCAAACUAUACCAAUAUCCACAUACAUUUUACAAAAGUUGUGGAAUUUUCAAUUUAGUGGCCAUUUGAAAAUUGUCUACUGCAUAUACCAUGCAUUUUCUUGUCUUGUGAGUGAACCAUGUUAUCUCUUCUUUAUUUCUUUGUCUCGGUUUCUAACCAGAAAAUUAAAUUAUUGCCACGUCACAAGUACAACUCAAACAACUUCAUUUCCACUGCACUACCUGGGUACGGGAUGCUGCACUGGAACUUUUCAUAUAAGAUAACAUAAUUUCAAAACUCAACUCCAUGCAGAGAUUGUGAGACCAUUUUGCGGACUUAAGAUGUCCCGAAAGUUUGUAAGCAGGUUGAUGAACUACUUCAAUACAAUCUAUAUCAAUCCAUUAUAUUUUAUUCCAGCACAUACGAUGCGGAUGCUGUUCUUAUAGCUGCUGGAAUAACAACAGUGAGUGAUGGUGUCUUGGAGAGACGUCGUACUUUUUAUAUUGUGGACUGGUUAAAAAACGUCAGUCAAAAAACUAAUAGAAACGUAAUGUCGUUUUAGGCUGUUGUUCUUGCCAUAACUUUAUUCUCCUUCCAAACCAAGGUAAACGAGACAUGAGUGCGAAUAUGACGUAUUAUACAAUCUUGUUGGAAACAACGAAUAUUUACUUCAAUCAUCUUUCCCAUAUGUUCGACCUAAAACUCUUACUUGUCAUCUUUUUUUGUUUUUGUUAAAGUAUGAUUUCACCAUGAUGGGAGGAAUGCUUUUUGUGGCGUUGAUCAUUCUUAUUUUGUUUGGUUUUUUGUCUAUCUUCUUUUACAGCAGGGUACGUGUACACGAUUAGACUUUGUUAAAAAAUAACAGUCCAGCUAUAUAGUAUCGAAAGUGUGUUAUAUUCAACAAACCUCAUGCAUGCAUCUUUUAUACCAAUCCGAUUUCGUAGCGUUUUUGCUUUGUUCUUCGGUCACAAAGAAAUAAAGAACAAUGGUAUAAUUACCUGAAACGCUACGAAAACGAAUUAGUGCGGACGUAGCCUAAUUAAUUCUGGCGAUGUCCUGUUAUAUGAAACCUAGGCUAUAUUGCUCAAUUCAAACUUCAUCAUUCUAUAUACUUGUCAGUUAUAGUUUUAAGUAUCACUAUAGCUACUACACGUCAUUUUUUAGAUUCUUCAGCUUGUUUAUGCAUGUCUCGGAGCACUGAUUUUUUCAAUGGUAUGUAUUCGAUCGAAAAUUUCGGGAGAACUGCAAAACUAACAUGCACCUAUUUCUCAUAUCGGUGUAUAUGUUCUCUCGCAUCAUAUAUUUUGGAAUAUUAUACCUCACAAUGAGCUUGUCCAAUCAGAGAACUAAAUUUGUACCACAUGACCAUGGUAUUUUUCAGCGAAUACUAUGACCUAGGCAAUUUGAACCCUGGGUGUUUUACCCGGGGCCAUGGUAUUCGACUUCGAAUACCACGCUUGAGCGGGAAAUUCGACUUUAAAUGUAAACUUUAAAUGUAAAGUUAUCAAAAGUUGUGUUUUGAAAUUAAAAGUUAAUUGAAUGGUAUUUGUUUUCUACUUAUUUUUGAAAGGUUCGGUAUAAUAUACCAUUUAUAGACCUUUCACUCGGGGUAUUCCACAAAAAAUUACCCUGCGAGAUGAAAUAUUCCUCGGGCUUCGCCCUCGGAAUAUUUCAUCCCUCAGGGUAAUUUUUUGUGGAAUACCCCUCGUUUCAGGUCUAUAACUGAUAACUAUAACGAAUGAACUAGAUUAAUACAUGUCAAAUGCAUAACACAAUAGGAUUGAUUUCUAAACACAAAAUACUUUUAUAUUUUAUUCAAUUCAUCUUAAUCAAUUACACUUCUUAAAGUUUGAAGUGCUAAUAACACACACCAUUCUUCAUAUGUUGUCGUAAGCAUAUACAGUACACAAUACAUAACUCACAUAAGUAAGCAAUUUUAUCACUGACAUUUAUAAUAAGUUAAUUGUGACAACUUCCAUUCCGUUGCUUUCUUUUCUUUCAGUAUCUGGUGUAUGAUACUCAGAUCAUGAUGGGUGGUGGUAAAAGAUACGCUCUGUCUCCUGAAGAAUACGUCUUUGCUGCUCUCAACUUGUAUCUUGAUAUCAUCAACCUAUUCAUUUUCAUUCUCCAAAUUGUUUCAGCUGCUAAAGGAAACUAAAGAAGUAUAUAUCUGUAUGAACUCGGUCUAAACUCGAAUUGUCAGUAUAUUAUUUAACUGCCUAUAUACCUAUAAUUCAGCAUUUUCUAACUGGUCCAUGUCUAAUAGUUAAAUAUUUCUUACUAAUUGAUGCCCAAUUCCUCAAUUAAGGGUUAUUUGAUAUAUGUUGAUGAGAUGACGAAGCAGGAGCAAUUUCAAUACUAUACUCUCUGCUACUAAAAAGUAUAUUUAGACCUGCAUGAAUGAUGCACUAUAAUUACGAUGACUCAAAAAAAGUUUUGUUUUGUCGUGAUGUAAAUGUUUUGUAUGUUAAGCGAUGCAUGUUGCAACGUCAUACGUAAUAUAAUGCAAUCAUAACUUUAACAGAAUUUGGUGAAAUCAAUAAAUACAUUAAAAUUUAAAUCCGUACAGGCUAUAGAUGAGUUUCACUAAGUUGAACCGGUGCAGCACUUGGUGCAUGGUCAAACUCUAUGGCUAAAAUAUGUUGUCAAACUGACCAAAUUGUUCACUAUUUGUACUGACCUUGUGUUCGGUGGCAGCAUAUGGCACAUGCAUGUAAUAGGAACGUGUAUCAUGAUGAUUUUAUCGUCUCGUAAGUUUGAAUACAUUUAUGUUGACCAAAACAUGCAGAUCAAAACAUUUGUAGGUCAAGACAUUUAGCUAAAACCCAUCGAUGUAUGGACCAUUUAUAACAUAAAAAAUACUUCGUAUACAAAAAAGCACCAUGAGCCCACAAGAGCUGAGUAAUAAACAAGAACUCAACAUAUAUACCAGAUUGUUAUAUAGCUAGUUCUUAAGAUAAACGUGAUUGGCUGAUUUGUAGUCACGUGGGUUUUAAUAAAUGCAAUGUAUCCCGCCGGACAACCAGUGAAAAAUUAUCAUGCGCUUUGACCGGCUACGUAUGUAAAUGCUUAAAAUGGAGUCAAACGUUUAUGUGCGAUAGUUUUGAAAAGGAAAUCAAGCUUCAAGUUUUGAACAUUUGAAUUAUUGUUGCACAAUACCAUUUUAUACAUGUGUUGUACUAGCUUACACCAUUACAGUGUACAAACAUCUUAGUAUAGUCUAUAGAACAGAUAUUUAGCACACAAGUAUAGCAAAAAUGAGUAAUAAUGCAUGUGUAUAAUUAACUGCUAUACCAGUAUUAAUAAAAUGUAAUGUUAACUUUUCGGUGGCCAUGAAAAGCAUGGAAUUUGUUAUUGUCAAUGUUCAUGCACAUUUAAGAACAUCAAGUUAAAUGCAAAUGCUAUUAUCCUAACCCAAAUCAUAACGCGAAAUCUAUCCUGUAAGAAUAGGUUUUGUAAACCUUAUCUUGUGACAUCAUUUAGGAAUAGUUACUAGCCUAGCAUUAUUCAUUCACUUAGGGACAGACCUUUAGGAAAUACAGUGAUGGUAGAAGUGGGGGCUUUUCAGCUUGCAUGAUUUUUUCAGAAGACGGCUUGUGCAGGGUUUUUUGCGUCAUCUUAAAUGCUUCUUCGCUUUCUCUUGCGCGAAUGUUUUUGUUUUUCGACGCCAUACUCCCUACCAUCAGUUUUCUGAUGUCCAUCGUACGUCUAGUCACGAUUCAAUGAUCGGAAUGUAGCAUUGUUAUUUUAUUGUAUUGGAAAUUUCACUAAAUUCUCCAUACCAUCUAGUCACCCACCUUUUUGACUUUUCCAUUAAUGAUGUUUCCAUUAAUCCAAAAAGCGUCCAUGUACCCAGGAUGAGGUUUUUCCCACGCUCGCAAAAUACCCACAUCAAAAAUAGCAGCGGACUGGCUCAGCUCGCUUAGUAAACUUUGUAUUAUGCGGUAUUUCUACGAGCGAGGAACAACCUCGCACCCGGGGUAAAGGGCCUGUUACCGUUGAAUGGUUUAUACCUCAUAAAAACGUUGUGCUGGAUGAUUAAUAAGGGAUUAAACAUAAUUAUGCUUCUUAGAUAUGCUUCUUAAUUAGAUUUG